AUGGUCAACAGCCUCUACGAUCUCUACAGAAAAUCUGGCCCAAUUGCUGCCAUGGAGGCUUUCACCGGUGGUCUAGCUAUCGGUGAUGAGGGUGCACUGAUGCGAUCGCUCAUGCAUCCCGGUCAUUCCGAUGAGAUCCGAGCCAACACUCAAUUCUGGUUUGAAUUCGAGCUGCGACAGUACCCCAGCUCCAAGGACGACUUGGACCGUGUCGUGGCACUCAAAGACAAAUUCGUGCCAGCAGCUGGAGCAGCAUCUGGAGACGAAGUCGGUGUUGGGCCGGUCGCUAGCCUCGCUCAUGCCGCGGGAAAGCCAAUCUUGCGUCUAGCCGGUGGCCAUCUCGGUCACAUGAGCGAUCCUAAGGCUUGGGCCAAAGACCUUUUGGACGGACUCAGCAAGCAGUAA